AUGGUGGCCGAGGAUUUAGGUGCAAUGUGGCCUAUGAUUGUGGCGAUUUUAGCUGCAGUUAUCUUAAACGCAGUGAUUUUUACUCUAUUGAAGGGAUACAAAGCGCGAAAAGAGCAGAAUGAGCGGAAAAAGUGGUGGAAAGAGAACGUAAUUUAUCAUAUAUAUCCUCGAUCUUUCCAAGACUCGAGUGGCGAUGGAAAUGGCGACUUACGGGGAAUAAUGAACAGGCUGGACUAUUUUGAAUACAUGGGGAUCAAAAUCUUAUAUCUGAGCCCAAUAUUCAAAUCUCCUAUGGUGGACAAUGGCUACGACAUCUCAGACUUCACAGACAUUGAUCCUCUCUUUGGAGAUUUGAAUGACUUUGAUGAACUCUUAAAAGCGAUGCAUGUAAGGGACAUGAAACUUGUGCUGGAUUUUGUACCUAACCACACUUCAGAUGAACACCCAUGGUUCCUUGAGAGUCGCGCCAGUAGAGAGAGUCCUAAAAGAGACUGGUAUGUCUGGAAUGACCCUUCCCCAGGGGGUGGGGUACCUAAUAACUGGGUCAGUGUAUUUGGGGGAAGCGCAUGGAGCUACGAUACCAGAACAGGACAGUAUUAUUUGCACCAGUUUUGUCCUGAACAACCCGAUCUGAACCUCAGAAACGCUGAAGUGCGCCAGGCUUUGAAGGAAGUGCUAAUGUUUUGGCUUGACAAAGGAGUUGAUGGAUUUAGAGUUGAUGCAGUUCCUCAUCUUGUUGAGGAUUCAAAAUUUCUUGAUGAACCCACUAAGCCUGAGUAUGAUCCCUUACGUCCCAACUAUGAUCACUUGGAGCACAUUUACACGAAAAACUUGUGGGAUAAUCACAAAAUUGUUCAGGAAUGGAGAACACUUCUCAAUCAGUACAAGGUGCCAUACAGAAUACUCAUAGGGGAGAUAAUGGCAGAUCUUCCAGAUGUUAUGAAGUAUUAUGGUGGGAGAUACAGUGAAUUUGAUUUCCCCUUUAACUUUGGGUUUUUGGGGCUUUCCAAAUCAACAACUGCACAAGAUUUGUAUAAACUAAUCAUUGAUUACCUUACUGCCCUUCCCAGGGGGAAGUGGCCCAACUGGUUAUUAGGAAACCAUGAUGUAUCCAGAAUUGGUACCAAAGUUGGCCAUGGGUACUCCCGUGCACUAAACGUCCUCCUUCUUACACUUCCUGGAACUGCUGUCACUUAUUAUGGGGAAGAAAUUGGAAUGACAGAUGCUGAAGUGCCUCUUAAAACCAGCAAAGAUUUCCGUGAUCCUCAACGAUCACCUAUGCAGUGGUGCAGUAAACAAAAUGCUGGUUUUACCCAUGGAGUGAAACCAUGGCUACCUGUUGCAAAAAAUUUUAAAACAGUGAAUGUAGAGGAUCAAAUGGCAGAUCCAACUUCAGCUUUACAGCUGUAUCGAGAACUACUGAGGAUAAGGUCUUCUUCACAAUGCCUUAAAGAACUUGGAUUCAAAGUUGUUCAUGUAGAUAGCUCAAUUCUUGCUUAUACCAGGUCAGCCAAACACUGCAAAUUUCUCAUAAUAGUAAACUUUGGGCAGGAGAGUUGGACAGGGUCACUUGAUAACAUCAGUGGUUCAGGAGUGGUUGAAGUUGACAGUGAAAUGAAGAUGAGGGGAGCAAAAAUUCUCUUUGAUAACAUUAAAUUAAGUAAAGCUCAGGCUCUUGUUGUGAAAAUACCAUAA